CUUAGGUUUCUCAGGUUUCUUAGGUUUCUUAGGUUUCUUGGGUUUCUUAGGUUUUUUAGGUUUCUUAGGCUUUCUUAGGGUUUCUUAAAUUUUUUCGAUUUUCUCUUUCUUAAAUUUCGAUGUUUUCUUCGCGGCUGGGACCAGUGCGAUCAACCGUUGCGAAGUGUGCAUUGCGUAACAAACUUGCGCCGCAAAAGUUUGUGUACGGAUGCAGAUUCCGUAAACUGGUUAUAUGAAUACUAAUCAUCUGUGCCAGGAUUUCGGCCCUUCUACUUUGGCGCUGGUGAUUUCAGCUUCUACUCAUCCGAUUUUUCUGUUUAAAAUGUUUUGGAAACCUCUCGAUCACGCGGGUGUUCUAAAACCAGUCGUUGUUUACUAUCUGCCUAACCUCAAGACCAGUGGUCACUCUAAACCUUGUUACCAUGGACGCCAUAGGGCUAACAUGGGCGGGUUUUUGUUCUGGUGAAUUUCAGGGAAACAGCUUAUUUUCUAACCAUGUUGCAACAUACCAGCUUAUUUUCUAACCAUGUUGCAAAAUUCUGAAAUAGUCGCAAGGCGAUAUUCAUCCGUGCUCAGCUUGUUUCUAGUGUACGGUGCCUAAACCAUGUGAAAUCUAAUGAAUAAUAUUCUAAUGAAAUCUAAUAUUCUGCGUCGCUUCCGUUCGUCAUAUCGUUCGUAUAAAGCAUGUACAGUACUGAGUACUGGCGCCAUCAUUGUCUCUUGUGGCACCCCCUACCGCACUUGUAGGCCAGUCAAAAACACGCGCGCUCAUUUUCACUCUCUGCUAACGACUGGUUAAGACGUCAAGUAACCAUGGAACCGCUUCAGCACGUUACCUUCAAUUCCGAUCGUCCUUAAUUUUUCGAUAAGUUUGGCAUGGGAGACUGAGUCAAACGCUUUUUUCAAGUCCAACAGACAUACAGCAGUGAUUUGCCCCUUAUCCAUCGCUUUUCGCAAUCUCUCUGAAACUUUAAGGAGCAGUGCUUGCCUUCGCCGAAUGCCACAUAAAUGGUUAUGAAAAAAACUUUCUGCAAAACUGCCAAGACAGCCAUUGCCGAUAUUAUUACAGGAUCAGUUUUUUUUCUGGAUGGUGGUGAUUGUUUGGGAUGUCGUGUUCUGAGGAGAAUAAACCCUUCAAGUUUCAGUACAUAAUUAACUGCAUGCCAAUGACAUACUAGACGAUGACAUACUAAUUUGCCGACGUUAAAUUUGCUUUUAAUCAUAGCAAAAAUUUGCUGUAAUUAUUUACCGGCCGUGUAGUGUAGUGGUCACCUUGAAUGUAUUGUAUUCCUCUCAGAUAAAUGGCGUAUCGAUUUUAUGGUUAUCGUGUAUAUGGAGUGCAACUGAAAAGUCUUCGAAAAGCUACAAUGUGUUCGUUACUGGCUACUGUAUUACAGAACAAAAUACUGCAGAAUUUAAUUUUCUUAAUUUUAUAAAUUUAAAUUAAAUAAAUUGCCCGUGCACGCAGCCAUCAGCCGUUUCCAAACUUCGUGCACGGAGUCAACACCCGUGUCUACCCAUGCCGAACGAAUGGCAAACGACCGGAUGGCAUCACGUUGGCUCCGUGGGAGAGAGGAAUAGUGCUGACUUGGGAUGUGACAUGCGUCUGCAAGUGGCCUUAUCGCAUAUCGCGGCAACAUCCAAGCGAGCUGAAGCAGCGGCGGCAAAGGCCGAACACGAUAAGAUAGCCAAGUACCAGAACAUCACUCAUGACUACUUGUUUAGCUCUUUGGGCUCCGAGACGCUAGGACCCAACGGACAGGAGGCUACCCGCCUGCUUACCGAAGUGGGUAGCAGGGUACGGUAAGAAACCGGCGAGGCACGAGCAUCAGAAUUUCUACCCAGCCGCUGGGGUAGAAAUUCUGAUGCUUGGUCCGCGGGGGCCCAGCGGACCAGCAUGGAAAUCCAGCGCGGGAACGCGGCAUCCGUUCAGGAAGCAACUCCGCCCAGAGCAAAUUUAGAUCAGUUGUUCUCUGUUUUCAGAACUCUCGAGGCUGUUUUCUGCUGAACCCCUUCUGAAGUGUUGGAAGGGAUGCCGCGGUACCGAUCGCUACUGACGAAAGCGAAUCAAGUCAGUUAUCGUAACACUGUUGUCGUCCGUGGCCGUGACGACGCUUGGUGGCUGGGAUAUGUCCAGGAUAUUGACGGCGAAUACGCGUUUAUCCAUUUUAACUCAACAUUAACGGAAGAUCGCUGGAUGCACUUAAGCGACGUCUGGCCUCUGCCAUCGUACUGGGACACCGAGCUUUGUAUCAGGGAAGGUUACCACAACGUUGAAAUAUUCGCGGCUCUGCGUGAUGAAGAUAAUGGUCCGUUUCGAUUUCGAUCAGCCGUUUUACUAAACACACUUUCGGGCUGUGACUUGUGCUGCUGGAUGUUUUAUGUUAAAACCGAACGUUUCAGCAGCGACGCCGCUGCCCACCAAGCUCGUCUCGAGCUGGUCCACGCAGACCAAGUGGCAAGUGCGUUGCCACCUAGCGGUCCGGCAGUGCUGGACCGCCGCAAAUGUUUGCACUAUGCCAAAUACUUCAUACCAUUUGACCAACCCGAAACCGUUCUCAGCGAGCCUUCCGAUAAAUUUCGCAUCAUCAAGCACCUUCAAGAUGCUCUUCGAGCCAGAAUGCAUUUACGAAGAGGUCAGUAUUUGGCUGACGGCUGCAGAUUUCAUCUGCGCAUCGAAUCGGGGGGUUGCAUGUUCAUCAUCGUCAUGCUUGCAACGGACGUAGAACAGAGGCAUUGGAUAGCUGAAGCCUUGCCGACAAUCCUGAAAACACAUCUGGCCGGUCGCGCCAAUCUACCACCUAUUCGUAAUCGAGCAUUACAGGCAAAUGAAUAUGUCCUUCGUGAAGCCGAUGUCGAAUUUGAUGCACUGAUGUUGACUGCCCGUAUCUCCUAUUUAACGCCUUCGCUUGUGAGCGACAUAUUAUCGCAUCUGGACCUACACUCACGGAUGAAAGCCAAACGGGUGUGUGGCUUAUGGCAGCUGCUGCUGAGCAGCUCUCGAAUGAUAGAGCACGUCAGCAUUUCUCUCGAAAGCUGUUGGCAACUCAAGGCGGACAGCGAUAAUUGUUUUAAGGUGGCUUCUCUACUAAGCAGCUCAAUUAGCUCAGCGACAAUAAGUCUCACGCUGUUGAAUGUAUUCCCGCCGCAGUAUGGGUUUUUCUUGGGUUCGAUGUUACGUGCCUUGGAAAUUGAGUUGCCGUUUCUCAUGUUCAAAAACCACACCAACGUCAAACCAGAAAGAGUUCGCCAACAAAAGCAGGCACGUUUAAAGCAUGGGAUAGCGGUCCAUUUAACUGCUUACAAACACUACUGCAACUUCGUCUUGCUGCACAACUGGAAAGUUACCGCCCUCUUCGGAGAACAAAUGUACGACAUUUUUGAGAAGGAGUCCACCUGCUACGAGUCACAUGAGCCCGGCGCGACUUCUCGCCUUUUGCCAGCGCACGAGCGGGAGUGGAUGGUGCGUCUCACAUGCGAGCCGCAUGAACUGGCCAUUGACAAACUACAAAUAACCAUUCCGAAGGUCAUUCUGCCAUGCAGAGACGGAAAAAUGCACAUGACCAGUCGCUUCAUGUGUGCCUUGAACAACAACUUUCCGCCGGUAACGCAGGACAUGGUGGCGAAGGUCUCAAUUGUCCGUGCGCGCUGGCUGCGUACCCUCACCUAUCCCCAGGACUGGCAGAGCAUUCGCAACUACCUUCUUAUAUUCAGCGGUUUUCACUCGGAUGGAAGACCAAAAGUAUGGGACGAUAUUGACCUGCGGUUUGUGGAUCUGUCCACAUGGAGCAAACUGGCUAUAUACGGGAUCUGCGAGGUGUUCCGAGUAUGAAGCUCUGCAGAUGCGUCAACAUUGAUCUCAUAUCGAAGGGUCCACUAAAUUGAACAUUAUUAUCUGGGCAGCGCCGAUCAUUAUUACGCAGGUUCAUUAUUACCAGGAUAAUCCAGAGAUCCCAGAUUACGGGGGAGUGGAAGUACAGUACAUAGGGAGACUCCUAUCAGCUGUCGAUUUUCGAUCUAUUUAAGGACAAAAACUGGUUUGAAAAAUAUUAUCGAGCGAAUUAUCUUCGAUCAAUUAAUUUGUUGUUUUGUAUCUUUUUUGCGUUGCGAGAUGUCUAAAAAUUAUUGAGAUGCCCACGUUUGUUUUUGUAGUAUUUUAAUGUUUUAGUGUGUAAUGGCUUCACUUUCUAUUUGUUCACUUAUCUUUUUACUAUGCACCUCGACUACACUUUUUACUAUUUUUACUACGCACCUCAUAUGGAAUAAGAAUCAUAUCUGUUG